AUGUGCGCGUAGUUAAUGCGUCUAUAAAAAUUGUUCAUAUCGAAUAUUGCCGCAGAGCCACAUAGAAGAGGAAGGAUUCUCCGGUAGUCAGCGAACCAUUUUUCUGUCGUCAAACGGAUCAAGCUUUUUGUGAGAUUUGGAUCGAUCACAAAAAGCGGGAUUCGCUUUUCGCAUAGGAAUUGGCCUGUUGAAGGAGUCUACCCUCCCCCCGAGCUUAGUCGCAUAGAACCUUUAUAAAUUAUUUAUAAAAUGGAAGAAAUACGUCAACAACAUCAUCAACAACCACUACCACUACCACCACCACCACCACCACCACCACCACAACAACAACAACAACAGGUUGGACCUAAUAUGUUGGUCAACGUAGGUAACGUUUCCACCCAUUCAAGUAAUUCCCAUCGCCGCAGCAAAGCACGGUUAACAUUACAAGCUAUGAUGUCUGAAUCAUUAUCACUAUCAGAAGCAGCUCGUUUAGAAAUGGAAGCAUUACCUAAUAAGACACCUGUAUCGGUUCUUCAAGAACUACUUUCUCGCAGGGGUACAAUACCUCAAUAUGAAUUAGUUCAAGUGGAAGGUGUUAUACACGAACCAACAUUUCGUUAUCGAGUUACCGUUGGUGAUAUUAUUGCAAUGGGAACUGGCCGAUCUAAAAAAGAAGCUAAACAUGCUGCAGCUAAGGCUGUUUUAGAUAGUUUAAUUGGAAGUAGUAAUGAGUCGACAGAAGCUGCUAUUAUAAAAAGUUUGACCAAUCAAACUAUGCAAGAUCUCGAAGGAUAUGGGGAAGAAAAAGAUUUAGCCAAUCCAAUUGGAGUUCUGCAAGAGAUGUGCGUGUCUCGGCAUUUCCCACCACCAAAAUAUACGAUGGAAAAUGAAGAGGGAUUGCCGCAUGAAAGAAAAUUUACUAUCGUUUGUACCAUCAUGAAUUUACGCGAAUUUGGUCACGGUAAAAGUAAAAAAAUUGCGAAGAGGCACGCAGCUCAUAAAAUGUGGCGUCUUCUUAACGAAUCGGGCGGUUCAUUUAUUUUGCAAACAGAAGAGAAUGCAAAAAAGUCUGCGAGAUUAAAUGCUUAUUACUCUGACCUGAAAGGUAGCAAUGUUGCGACAUUAUCAUCGGCUCAUAGUCAUAAAGUUUCACAAUUUCACAAGAACCUCAAGUCUUCCAAAGGUGUAAUACUUGAUAAAUUACAGGAUACUUGUUUGAAUGAUGGAGAUGUAAAUUUGGUACAAUUCUUGCAAAAGAUUUCUUCGGAACAACAUUUUGAAGUAACGUAUGUUGAUAUUGAAGAAAGGUCUAUUAAUGGUAAAUGUCAGUGCCUUGUGCAACUGUCCACAUUGCCAGUAGCAGUUUGCUACGGUUGCGGUUUAACCAGUAAAGAUGCUCAAGCCAGUGCUGCUCAAAACGCUCUUGAAUAUCUCAAGAUCAUGACCAAGAAGUGAGCCAGCGCUUUGCUCCUGCCAGCUGUCACUAUAAACUGCAAGUCCCAUAGUAAUAUAUUAUCUAAAAAUCUGAAUAAUCAUACGAAUGGUAAAAUGAUGGCGCAGAACAACAACAGCCAAGUUCCAGAAAAGAGAAAAAAUGUCCCGAAAUUCGAACAUAUGGGUAACAAAGGUAGAACAUCUAAAUCAUCAAUGAAAAUGGUCAAUUCAAUGGUAGGAAACAAGGAUACAAUUUUAAAGAACAUUACUACAACGCAGGAUGUUACUGUCGCAGCUACUAGAAUGAAUUCAUCAAUGAAGAAAAAUAGCAAUAAUACAGAUAAUUUAAAACUAAAUGAUCAAACAUUGAUUAAAGGUUCGUCUAUCUCGGUGACGAAUCAAACAAGUUCAACGUUUGGUAGCGGUCGAGGUGUUAACAGUUGCGUCGGUGGUAAUGUGAGUCACGAAAAUAGUGGAAAGAUAAAGGAUUACUCGGUUAAAAAAUAUUCUAACGAAAUAGAUUCGAAAUUAAAUAAUUAUCAAAUACAGUCGGAUUACGGUAACAAGGAUACGUCGGUAACUAAUCAGGAUUACAAAAGUCGUAAUAGUAACGCAUCUAUGACCAAUUUGUCAACGAGAUUUUCUAAUCAAACGUCCAUCCAAUCUUUCCAUAGAGAAAAUCAUUUGACUUCUAAUAUGCAUUCACGUCCAACAUCGAGAAACGAUAGUACCGCAUUUGCAGUGGCUAGAAAGGCUUUGGAGCAACAAAAUCCAACAGUUGGAAAAAUGGCGCCAAUCAAUUUCCCACCAUUGCGCGCACCACAAAGUAUAGUGAACGUACGACAUCCGUCAGUAACUGAAGCUAGAAUUAAACACAACGAGAUUAGCGGUGGGUCGAGUAUAAAAUCGAAAUUCAACGUGUCAAGUUCGUUGCAAACUGGUGGUGGUAUUAAGGAUUUGGAACACGGCAGACAAACUUUUCAUAAUUAUGGUACCUCGCAAAUAGCCGGCAUUCCAAAUGUACAGAAUUUGAGUAACGUUACGGCUAAUAUCUCGGCAUAUCCGAGACCCGAUUCGUUUCCUCAGCCAACUGUUGCCAAUGUGUUGUUCCCAGACACAACACCCUUUCCACAAUCACCACCAUUCAGUACGACACAAAUUGGUCAGCUAAAUCAAUAUCAGACAUAUGAUCCUAGUAGCUUUGCGACUACACCAGUAAGUGUUAAUCCGGUAAUCCCACAGUUCUCAGCAGAAAGUUCAAUGCCGUAUCCGGCGCAAUACGAGAAUCCACCACCUCAAUUCGUGCAACCAAAUCAUUAUCCAGCAACUGACAUGGCCAGCAGUCAAUAUCAAUAUCAGCCAGCGGGAGUUGGCCAAAUACAAGAUUCACCUAUGUUCAUACAAAGCCUACAAAGUCCAAUAACUGUUGCUGAUCAAUAUGCUGCUGCAGCACCGAAUUAUGCCAGAGCUGUCAGGACUGAGCUGAUGCCUCGUUUGAGAAGACCACCGAGAUUUAAUAAGUAAAAAAGUAUCUUUAAUCAUUAACUCCAACAAUUAUUCUUUCUACCACAUUUUACUAAUCAAAAAAAAA